AUGGCGAAAGAACGAAGUGAUCCAGUAGUGCGACAGAUGUACGAGUUUGAUGCGCACAAAGAGGACUUAACUCAGGGUGUACAACCCAUGUCCAAGGCCCUUUGGAAGUACAGAAGGCAAAUCACUGUGGAACAUCUGGGAAACUCAUUCCAACAGCAAGUUCUUUCUGGUGGAGAACAGCAAUGCAAAGUGCUGAAUGCUUUCCUUAAACAGGAACACAAGUUGCGUUUCGUCCAGUUUCUUCCUGACCUUGUUCGUCUCCAACGUCUGUUGAUGGACAGAUUUCACAGACGAAUUGAUAGAACAGAUGCUGAGGGCUAUACCAUCCGGAAAUUUCUUCAGGAUCUUCCAAGAGGAUCUGUGAAAGAAGAGUACAGUAAACUGUUCCAGAGUUUUAAGACUGCGUGGAAUUCUUGCCGGUCAUUUCUUGGCGAUCAAGGUCGUCUUUGUGUACCGCAAGGCCUUUGUAAUACCACCAUGGACAACGACUGCCCAAUCGCCAUGUUGCUCCCCGGCACCGCAGGGAUGGGAGUGUGUUCGACUUCGCUCACCUUCUUCUUAGUAAAUACGCAUAACGAGUUUCUGGGAGCAUAUCGUAAUGCAACUAACCAAGAAUGCGCCCUAGAUCGCGUUUCUUCGACGUCGGUGACCAUGUCACAUCUGAUAGCUUAUGAUCCUGAGAAAGACCUGCUGCCUCUUAUCCUGGCACACUGUAACUACUCUCUAGAGGUGGGACAGGAAACUCUAGUGCAUUACGAUUGGGCAGCAUUGGAAAGGCAGCUCAUCGACAGGUUUCUGAGGGGAAGACCUUUCGUUGAGUUUAAGGACGAACGAUUUGCUUUCAGUCGAGACACACGUGACGAUGCCGUGUUCGCUUCCCUUAAUGAAAAAAUUCCUCAGGAGCCCAUUUCUCGGUUUGUCGAAGGCCAGAUUAUCGUCGAUUUCCGCUCCUCCUUGUCUGAUGUCUGUGACGUUCUUUCGUCAUUGGAUAUCGCCAUUGGUUUUCUUGCUUCGUCAGGUGGCCAAACCGAGAGACCUUUAAAAUGGUACUUACAUGAAGUACUUAAGUUACCCAAAGAACGCGGACUCAAGAGCCCAACAGCAGAGCAGCACUGCAACCUGACUCACACCUUGGCGUUAUGGCGGCUCAUGGCCCUAGAGAAAGCGAAAAUCAAGUCUAGGAACAAUCAGGAGCCAUUUGAGCAAAUGCCUGACAUUUUCAAGGGAAGACUGAGCUCAAGCGACCUGGCGCACCUAAAUCGCGUAUUGCGAAAAAUCGACAUGGACUUAUUUUUACCACAACUCCUGGAAAUGAUUCUUCUGAAUGUUCAAAAAGAUGGUGAAAAUAUUUCAACCAUGAGUUUUGCAGAGUACUUGGAUCUGUGCUUGGCGGAUAAAGGUUUAGAACAAAUUCCAGGAACCGAGGACAUUCCUGACAAUAUCCAAAUGAAGCACUUGAAAGCUGUCUGGAACUCCGCUGUACAGUUAAGUGACGACUUUCACCAAGAGCGUCUCGCAGCUACUGAUUGAGGAGCAGUACCUCGAGGUUCAAGAAAUUGGAGCAGCGUGUUCUGAGAAAUCAGCAAAAAAAAACUGGUCUUAUCGGCCAAAGUCAUUUUGCAAUCUUAUCAUAGAGAUAAGAGUAGCAUUUCUGGCAGUUGUUAGCUUAAUAGGUUAUAGUAUAAGUUGCUGCAUUGAUACUAAAUAUGUAGAGCAUUUUUCACUUCAGUGCCGAAAGUACAGUAAUUCAACACUGACGACACACCCAGAAAAUCGCUUUGGCUUGAUGUAUGCUUAGAGUAAGACCAGAUGGCUUAUUGUUAGUGUUAGUUACAGUAUUGUCGAUAGAUACAGCGAGAUGCAAAUGCAUCAAGCGCACUUUCUGAGUAAGCCAAUGUAAUUUUUUCCUUUUUUCUUGUUUAAUUCUUUGACGCAGACAAAAUGCUGUAUUAAGUUCCAUUUUUUGAAGCUCGCGGUGAAAAACAUAAGCAUAACAUUUUAUUUCCAUUCUUUCUAGCCUUGAAUUGUUGUUAAUGUUUGAGUAUAGCGCUUUCCAAUAAAGGAUAGAAAAACAUGAAUUAAACUGACUGUCAGAAAAGUGGCCGUCACUCAAUUACUCCUUCCCAAA